GAGAUGAAUUAUUGCCGAGUCGUUUAUUUAUUUGAAUUUAUUUUGAUAUUUAGCAUAGGAAAUGCGACAACAGAAGAUGUGUUGUUCGAUCAAAAUUACGGCAUUAGUUGGGGAAGCCGGCUUGUUCGAGUUCUCGAUCAAGGUAGAGAGGUUCAUCUGGCCAUGACCAAGGACUCGGGCUCAGGUUUUCAAUCGAAAGCAAGGUAUGGAUCGGGAUUUUUCCAAUUGAGGAUGAAAAUGCCGGACAAUGAUUGCGCUGGAGUCGUCGUUGCAUUUUACUUGAUGUCGAAAGGGAGAAAACACGACGAAAUCGACUUUGAAUUAUUAGGCAACCUAAAAGGAAGACCAAUGUUGCUUCAGACGAACUUGUUUGCCAACGACACCGGCAAACGGGAACAACGAAUCCGCCUCUGGUUUGAUCCAACAGCAGCCUUCCAUUCUUACAGAAUUCUUUGGAACCGCUAUAAUAUUGUUUUCUACGUCGACGAUGUUCCGAUAAGAGUGUUCAAGAACAAGAGGAGGCUGGGGGUACUGUACCCGGCCCGGCCCAUGCGGGUCGAGGCCAGCAUUUGGAAUGGCGAAAAAUGGGCCACGGACGGCGGCAGGACCAAGACCAACUGGUCCAAGGCCCCCUUCGACGCCGCCUUCCAGCACUUCGCCGUCGACGGCUGCCCCCUCGCCGGAACCGCCGUGGAGCGCUGCUACGCCUCCCGCUAUUGGUGGAAUGCGGAGCGCUACUGGACGCUCAGUGAAGACGACCACAGGAAAUUGCAGCUCGUCAGGGACAAAUAUCUAACCUACGAUUACUGUACGGACACCAAAAGAUUUCGUAAACCUGCCCCAGAGUGCCCCUUCAAUCAAUAAAAAUUACUCUUUUAUUUACUCUUAUUAUAUUUG